AUGGCUCUCCCCAAUCCCUCCACCAUUCAGACACUAGCGACAGCAUCAGCAUCAGCAGGAUCCGCCACAGCAGUCGCACAACCCACUUCUGGCUCCCAAACAAUCACUCAAACACCGGCCUCGGAACCCAGCGGUACUCUGCGUCUCCGCGGGGCUUCUCCUUCGUCAUCUUCAGCAGCACCCCGCGUCCAAUGGGCCGAAUCAGUCAUUGACAAUGAGCACAUGGGCAAAAAGUCAUCCAAGGUCUGCUGCAUCUACCACGCGCCUCAUGAGGAUGGUGAUAGCUCCAGCGACGACUCGAGCAGCUCCAGUGGAGAGGACAGUGAUGGUGGGCAGGAUUUGAGUCGGGCGAGAAAGGCAGGGAGCAGGAAGGGCAAGGGCAAGAAAGAGGGAGGUGAAAGAAAGCCUAGCCCAAACGCCUAUGAGAGAGUUCCGAAGCAUAAAGGAAAGGGCAAGGCAGAGGGUUGA